AUGUCCGAUAACGCUAUCUUCCGCUCUCCCAUGUCCAUGGCAAACGACCGUGCCAGCGAGCAGUCCCGCAGCAUCAACCGGGCUGAGGCCAGUGACGGAGAGCAGGGUGUGCAGACACGCACCACACUCCCCGAUGUGUCUGGAUCAGAGACGCCAGACCGGAAUCAGGUCCUGGACAGCUUUUUAGGAGCAGAGGAGAGCGCGACAGCCAGCACAGCUAAAGAAGGAGCAGAUGCGCAGUCCCUUGCAUCCAUUGCAGAUAGCAUGCAGAAACUUGCAGGCACACUGGCCGAAUUCAACAGGAGCUUGGCCGUAGUCCCCGACCUUAUCGCCGCUGCCCAUAGGUUCUGUGACAGUCUUGAGGAUGCGCAGAGGGCUUUGAUAUUCACCAACCAGCGCACCGGCAUCAACGCCCACACCGAUGCGCUGGCUCUUCCCGCUUAUGAUGACGUGCAGGCUCUGUCGCGUGGCAGAUCAUCGGGGCCCGCGCGCUCGGCCGAUCCACAGACGCGUACAUCCAGCCUGGCCAGCACGCGCAGUGCGGAGGCUGACGGGCCCCCGGGAAGCCCGUCGCCAGCUCCGUCGCAUGAGGGGGACAUUGAGGGGUAG